AAGAACCGUGCACCUACUUGUUUAGACGAACAAAUCCUUUGAAAAGUCUCUAACAGAGCAUAACCCCCAAGUUUUUGUCCUCUGAAUUUUCAAUGGAGAGAUCGGGAUAUGGCAGGGAUGGAAUAUACAGGUCGCUAAGACCUACUCUUAUCGUCCCUAAAGAUCCUAAUCUCUCAAUGGUUUCAUUUCUUUUUAGAAAUUCCAAUUCUUAUCCUCACAAACCAGCUCUUAUUGAUGCAGAUUUAUCAAUAACCUUAUCUUUUGCACAGCUCAAAUCCAUUGUUGUCAAGGUCUCACAUGGCUUACGCCAUUUGGUUAUCUCUAAAAAUGAUGUUGUUCUCAUCUUUGCUCCAAAUUCUUACCAGUACCUUAUUUGUUUCUUGGCCAUCACUGCAAUUGGUGCUAUAGCUACAACUGCAAAUCCUCUUUACACAACCACAGAACUCUCAAAACAGAUAAAAGAUUCUAAGCCCAAGUUGGUCAUAACUGUGCCUGAGUUGUGGAACAAAGUUAAAGAUUUCAAUUUACCAGCUGUGUUUUUAGGUUCUAAGGAGUCUUUAUCUAUAGAGCCCAAUUCAAGAAUAAAAAGUUUUCAUCAUCUGGUUGAGCUUGGAGGGUCUAAUUCUGAAUUCCCUGAGAAUAAAGUGAAGCAAACUGAUACAGCUGCGUUGUUAUAUUCUUCAGGCACAACAGGGACUAGUAAAGGAGUGAUUUUGACGCAUGGAAAUUUCAUUGCGGCUUCUCUAAUGGUCACUAUGGAUCAAGAAAUGGCAGGUGAAAUGCAUCAUGUUUUCUUGUGUGUCUUGCCUAUGUUUCAUGUGUUUGGAUUGUCUGUGAUCACAUAUUCGCAGCUGCAAAAGGGCAACGCGAUAGUGUCAAUGGCGAAGUUCGAUUUCGAGAUGGUUUUGAAGAAUGUGGAGAAGUACAGAGUGACCCAUUUGUGGAUUGUUCCUCCAGUAAUACUUGCUUUGGCUAAACAGAGCUCCGUUAAGAAGUACGAUCUCUCAUCCCUGCAGCAUGUUGGUUCUGGUGCGGCUCCUUUGGGGAAAGAAUUGAUGGAGGAAUGUGCCAAGAGGAUUCCUCAUGCUGCAGUUGCUCAGGGUUAUGGCAUGACAGAGACCACUGGUAUUGUUUCAGUGGAAAAUCCAAGAAUAGGUAUUCGACAUUCUGGUUCAGCUGGAAUACUUGCUCCGGGAGUUGAAGCCCAAAUAAUCAGUGUAGAUACGUUAAAACCUCUCCCUCCAAAUCAAUUGGGAGAAAUAUGGGUUCGGGGACCCAAUAUGACGCAAGGAUAUCUCAACAAUCCCCAGGCAACUAAGCAGACCAUAGAUAAAAAGGGUUGGGUACAUACUGGAGAUCUAGGAUACUUUAACGAGGAUGGACAGCUAUAUGUUGUUGACCGUAUUAAAGAGCUAAUCAAGUACAAAGGAUUCCAGGUUGCACCAGCUGAACUUGAAGGGCUGCUUGUUUCUCACCCUGAAAUAUUAGAUGCUGUUGUUAUCCCCUUUCCCGAUGCUGAAGCUGGUGAGGUCCCAGUUGCUUACAUUGUGCGCUCACCCAACAGUUCACUGACCGAAGAAGAUGUUUUGAAAUUUAUUGCUGAUCAGGUAUUUGACAUGUGGGAACCAUCAUGGUUUCACAAGGGCCUGACUUCACUUGAGUUAGUUGCACCUUUCAAAAGAUUACGAAGGGUGAAUUUCAUCAACAGUGUUCCUAAAUCAGCUUCAGGAAAAAUCCUCAGACGAGAGCUCAUUGAGAAAGCAAAAUCUAAGAUAUGAUCUCAUAUAAUUGCUUUUCAGUUGGAUACUUUGUGAAUCAAAGGCAUAAUCUACAGGACAAUAUUGCAGCUUGCUUAAAGUUGCAGAUAUCUCUACAUUUUCUUUGCGUCCAUCUUCAUGUUGUGCAAUAAAAAGGAAUGAUUCUAACA